CGCUCGCAGGCUCCGGGGGCCGGGGCUGCCUGGGAUCUCUCUGUCCCCUCGCUGAUCUCCCCGGGCAGCGCAGCCCGCCCCCGGCCCCGGGCUGAGCGCGCCAGGCUGUGCCGCUCCUCCAGCAGCGAAGUGGUUAAUCCUGGAUGCUAUUUCCACCCCGGCUCUCCAGCCCUAGCCCCGCUGCCUCCCGGACAACCGCUCUCCUGGGCAGGUUGCUGGUCCGGGGCCAAGGGGAGGGCCACGCCGGCGAGGCAGCCUUUGUCCCAGGAGCGGGCUCCCAGCUCCAGGUUGGAGGAGGAAUGGGCUCCAAAGCCAAGGCCAUUGCUGGUCUCCUGGCAGCCACCUGUGUCUGCAGCAUCAUCGCCCUCAUUCUGAGUGUCGUGAAUGUGAAGGAUGUGCUUCUGCCCCCCAGCACCAAGUACGGCCUGGUGUUUGACGCUGGCUCCACACACACAUCCCUCUACACCUACCAGUGGCGUGCGAACAAGGAGAACGGCACGGGCAUCGUGUCCCAGGUGGAGGCCUGCUCUGUGUCCGGACCCGGCAUCUCCAGCUACGCAGAUGACCCCGCGGGGGCUGGUGCCAGCCUGAAGCCUUGCCUGGACAGGGCCAUGAAGAUCGUCCCGGCCGAGCAGCAGCGGGAGACCCCCACGUACCUGGGGGCCACGGCCGGCAUGCGGCUGCUGAGGGAGGAGAACAGCAGCAAGGCCGAGCAGGUCUUGGCCGAGGUGUCCAAGGCCAUUGGGGAGUACCCGGUGGAUUUCCGCGGAGCUCGGAUCCUGACGGGGAGCGAGGAGGGCUCCUUUGGCUGGAUCACUGUGAACUACCUGCUGGAGGCACUGGUCAAGUUCUCGUUUGCAGAGAAAUGGGAACAUCCCCAGGACACCGAGGUUCUGGGAGCUCUGGACCUUGGCGGUGCCUCGACACAGAUCACCUUCCAGCCUGGGGUCCCCGUGGAGGACAGGAACACGUCCGUGUUCUUCCGGCUCUACGGCACCAACUACUCCCUGUACAGCCACAGCUACCUGUGCUACGGGCAGAGCCAGGCCCUGAAGAUGCUGCUGGCAGCUCUGCACCAGGCCAGCUCGAGUACCCAGAUCAAGCACCCCUGCUACCCCCAGGGGUACCAGGAGAACAUCACCGUGGCAGAGCUCUACGACAGCCCCUGUGUGCAUGCACCAAGCUCAGCCAGCCCUGGCCCUGUCCUCAUGGUGACAGGGACAGGGGACCCAGCUGCCUGUGCCACGGCCGUCCGGAGACUCUUCAACUUCACCUGCGGGGCGCAGGGGCCAUGCGGGUUCAAUGGGGUCUAUCAGCCCCCCGUGCGGGGACAGUUCUUCGCCUUUGCUGGGUUCUACUACGCCUUCAACUUCCUGAACCUGACCCGCCAGCAGUCUCUGAGUGAAGUCAACACCACAGUCCUGUCCUUCUGUAGGAGGAACUGGAUAGAGCUGGUGCAGAGCUUCCCAGGGGAUUUGAAGUACCUGCACACCUACUGCUCCAUGGCCUUUUACAUCCUGACGCUGCUGCUCGAUGGCUACAAAUUCAACGAGCACACCUGGAGCAACAUCCACUUCAGCAGGCAGAGCAGACUCCAAAAGCCUGGCCCAGCAACAGGACUGGAGAGCUACCUUCAGAGAGGAUAUCCAGCACAUCUCCCUUGUUGAACUCCAGGUCCCCUGGUCCCUGUGCCAGGUAAGAGUGCUGAGCCAGCAUCUGGUAGAGAACAGGUCUGCCCGAGUGGGAGUCUGAGUCCUGCAGGAAAAAGCCAGCAUGGAAGUUGCAAAGCAAAGCAGAGACUGGAGCCCAGCCCAGCAGAGACCUUGACCCAGCCUACGUACCUGGCAACAGAGUAUCAGGCUGCCCUCCGUCAGCUGCUGCCACACUUUCCCCAGGUCUUCCUGUCCCAACACUGUCCCCAGCUCUGUGCCAUCCAGGAGCCUGUAACUGCAAGGGUUCAUUAAUGCUGAGCAAAUAAUUUCAUUUAAAGCCAAACUUGGAGGCCAGCCCAGCCCUCUGCCACCCUCAAUCUUCACAGUCCCCUUUGCAGGCCAGUUCUGAGCUUGUCCCCUUGCACAGUGACAUGGGGCCACCCCACAUGCUCAGUGGGCAGAAAUGGCACUGUGGGGAGUGACACUGUCACCUCCUCCCACACAAACUUGAGGGAAAGAUUCUAAACUCUCCUGAUGCCACUGUGUGUCCCAAGGGGUGUCACAAUCAGGAAGACCUCAACCCAAGAUGUUCUGCCUGAGUGCCAGCUUGUUCUGCAGUGAUCCUUGUUACUGCAAAGGCUGUGGGACAAAAUCCAACCUGUGGCAGCUCCAUCUACACAGAGUUUUCCCUUCUCUUCUCCCUUUUUCUUGACCAUGGUACAGUUUCUUAGGAAAGAUCCUUUAGGCUUCCAAGGCCCAUAGAAUCACAGAGUUGUAGAACGGUUUUGCUUGGAAGGGCCUUAAAGAUAAUUUAGUUUCAACCCCCUGCCACGGGCAGAGAAUCUUUAACUACACCAGGUUGCUCCAAGCUCCACCCAAUCUGGCCUUGAACAGUUCCAGGGAUGAGGAAUCCACAAUCUCUGUGGGCAAUCUGUGCCAGGGCCUCACCACUCUUGCGUUAAAGAAUUUCUUCCUAAUAUCCCAUCCAACCCUGCCCUCUGUCAGUUUGAAGCCAUUCUGCCUUGUCCUGUCACUCCAUGCCUUUGUCAUAAGUCCCUCUGCAGCCCUCCCUGAGCCUUUGAUGUACUGGGAGGGGAUUACAAGAGGAAUAGCAUGUGCUUCCCCACGGGGAUCAUGCUGUUGUCCCACCCAAAGCCCACGGUGAGGUUUAUCCUCUAGGCAGACUGUGUGCUUACAUCUUUGCUGGUUUUGGCCCCAGAUAAACACUCCCAGGAGCCCAGAGGCAGCUGGAUGCCUGUGUCCUGAGGGGAACGGAUGCUGGCCCAUCCCAGCCCACAGCCCCGUACCUGAGCAUGCCCCGCUGUGCCUGUUGAGCCAGCCUGUCCCGCAGCAGGGCCCGCAGGGCCGGCAGGGCCGGGGCCUCGCCUGCCCACAGCACCAGCGAGCACUCGCAGCGCAGCCGCAGCACUGCCGGCCUGUCUGCGCCCGCAGAGGCCUCCCCGCACCUUGGGGGGACCUGUGGGGAGACGGGCUAAGUCAGAGUGGAGAAUCAGGGUAUCCUGAGCUGGAAGGUUCCCACCAGGAUCAUCAAGUCCAGCCCCUGUCCCCACCAAGACACUCCAGCAACCCCACCCUGGGCAUCCCUGGCAGCGCUGUCCAAAGGCUCCUGGAGCUCUGGCAGCCUCAGGGCUGUGCCCAUUCCCUGGGGAGCCUGGGCAGUGCCCAGCACCCUUGAGGGGAAGAACCCAGACUGACUAUGAAGUUCAUGGACUAAGAAGAACCAUGACUGACUAACAAACCCAACUGACAAUAUCUGCUCACAUACCAAGAGAGGUGACACAGGCACAAUCCCUCAUCUCUCUGCUGCCAUGUCGCAGUAAAACAGCAUCAAAAUGCAGACCUGAAUCUCAAAGGGGGAACUCUGGAUUCAAAGCGUGGGAUCAAAUGUUCCUCCUGUGACUCAGGAAUUCUGGUUUUGGUUCUAAUUUUACAGGUACCUCCUAAACCCAAAAUUAUUUGAGCAAGGCCCCAAUUCCUCCAGCCAGCUGGAGAACAGCCACAUUCCUCUGUUGUGUUACCUUCUGGCUGAACUACACCUGAAAAAAUUACCCCAAAAGCCCUAAAACCAGGUGUGGCAGAGAUGAGCUGCAGUUGAGGGACAGAGGUGGUGUCCCCAGAGGGUCACAGGAGUCAUUCCAGGACCAUCACAUCUAGGGGCUGGCAAUGGUAUGGAAGUACCUCAGAGGGCAUUACCCAACAGGGCAAAUUUGAAUGAACUGUGCUAUCCAGACUGAUAGGGACAGAAAAUGGGACACAGGAAGAGGGGGGAAGGGACAGCAGGGUGUUCAAAGACAACUGCCUCUUGCAAAGUGGGCUGUAAAGUAUGUGCACAAGAACUCUGAUGCAUUUGGUGCUCCUGGUGCCUCAGAGGGUGGCAACAGGUUAACCUUGGGCUGUCUCACAAAGUGGGAUGGUCACAAACUGGGAGGAAAGACCACAUCAGAGCCUCUCUUUAGAAUGGAAAAGUGGUCAGAGGAAGGAGGUUUUUCCCAGUGAUUUCGGAGCAGCUCAGGAAUUCUGGGCAACAAUCUUGCACUCUUCCCAGCCCUGGUCUCCUGAGGCUGUGCCAGCUUCAGCCUGUGGAACACCUCACCUUAGAGUCCAUGUGAGCACUGGCAUCAUUGACAGAGGCAUUUUCUUCCCCAGGAGGAUCUGCAGAACAGCACAAAGGCAGGGGAACAGCCCUGCAGUCAUUAGAGGCUGCAGUGGGGCCACCACCUCCUCAUGCCCCCUAAAGAGCAGGGUUUGGGCACAGCUUCACCCACCGAGGGCCCAGGGAUUACCUGGCUUCUGCUUCACGGGGUGGCAGCUGGGAGGCACCUGGGCAGGAGGAAGGGGAAUCCCAGUGCUGAUCUUCUGCAACAGAACAGCAUCAGAAAGGAGAGGGCAGAAAAUGGGAGCCUGGACAAGGCUGGUGUGUGACAAGCUGCAGCCAGCGACAGACUUGUGGGUGUAACCCCAGAGAGAGCCGCAGGGAGAGCUGCUCAUUGAAUGGUUGGAUGAGUUGGAGCAAUAAGGCUCUUGAGGGCAGCGGUUUGGGGACACUUCCCUGGUACCCUGCUCCCUGCUGGGUUGGUGCUGGAACAGAAGGAGGCUGCUCACACUGUGCUGACGGCUGUCCCCACUUGGGCUGGUUGACAGUGCCGCAGCCAUGGAGCAAACGCCCAAGUAUGUACCAGGGAUUCAUUUGGAGGGGGAAAAAUGACACCUAAAAAAAUCAUAGCAACAUCAGAACAAGCAUGUGCUUGAAAACUCCCUCACAGGAAAUGGGGCUGAGCUGCACCCUUCCACACUGGGUUCAGAUGGAAAAUGAUUGGGAUAAUGUGUGGCUAUGCCUGUGGUGGAGAUGGGAGAUGAAGUUCUCCCAAGUCAAAGGGAUUUUUCAUACUCCUAACUCUUCUGUUGUUCCCAUUCAAAAGCACUUGAUCUUCAGUCAAUAGUCUCAGUGCUUCAUACUCUACAUUUCUCUUACAGAGCUGUCCUAUCCUGUGCUAAUUUUACAGAUAAAUGUCCCAAAUGUAUGUCUUGGUCCCUCCCUCCCCCUGGCUGCAAGGUUGCCAGCUCACCCAUUUAUCCAUCCUUGAGGCAGGUUCCAGGAGAGAGCUUGGGAUGUGCAGCUUCUGCAGAGGGACAUGGAGCAGAGCCGGAUGAGAGAGGAGCCCAGUGAUCCCAGCCCAGCCGCAGCACUGCCUUUCACCCUAUGGCCACAUGAAUGUGCCUGAGCCACCCAAGUGCUCCGUGCUCACAAACUGCUGGACAAAAUCCAACUAUCCUUCUGCAGCUUUUCCUGCUGGGAGCAGAGCUGCUGCUGGAGUGGCUGCCAUGGAACAGACCAAACACCCACCACGCCCCUGCUCCCAAGACAGAGCUCAGGCAGAGAGCAGCAAGGAUGCCCAGGGAUACCAGUCCAACAGCAUUUCUGUUUCUUCUGACAAUCACUGCUGCUCAUUUCAACUGAGCACUGUAAUUUUUUUAUUUUUUGCUUAUAAUGUUUUUUUUUUCCUGUUUAGAGUCUAUUUUUUUUCUACAUUUAAUUUCACCUGGCACUUCACUGAGCAGUCAACCAGCAUAUCCAAAUAUUUGUGUAACUGUUCCUGUUAGCUCCAGAUGCUUCAGGCUCUCCCCCUAUUCCUAUAUCACUAAGGAAUAUGCUAAAUGCUUAUGUCACAGAGGAUUUGCUGUGGGGACAUAAUUGUUUAAAAAUGAAAGGAAGAAAAACCUAUUCCUUUAUA